UUUAAAACCAUCGUGACACUCCAAGGUCCAAUUACCUCCUCCUAGGGUUGGUUGGUUCCGAAGCCCAAAUCUCUCCGUCUUUCUCUGCAAAAAAACCCAAAGAUCUCACUCCGUCGGGCCCUGAAGCUCCGUUUCCGGGCUUCCUCUUCCAUCACCGUUAGUUUCCACUGUGUUAGGCAGGAUGGUUGAUACCCUUGAAGAAAAGGUGACUCCUGAUAUGAAAAAGGAUCCAAUUGUUGUUGUUGUUGGUACUGAUGCUCAGCCCGGCAAUGAUCUGGCGGAGUCUGAAACACCGCCAGAGUCUGAGCCGAGCAAUUUGGAAACACGGCCUAACAAGGAACUUCCUGCUUCUGAAACACUGGCUACUAAUGGUGAAGCAGUGGCGGCAUUACCCAACCAAUAUUUGGGCAACUCUGAAGAACCUAUGAAUGACCAUCUGGAGAAUUGUGAAUCACUAACCAGCAACCAGCCAGACAAUGCUGAGGCCUCAUGGAGCAGUCAGACAGGUGAUUCCAAGGCAGUUCCCACCAAUCAGUCUGCUAACUCUGAAGAUUUGUCUAACAGUGGUCAGUUGGUUAGUUCUGAAGCACCUCUUGAUAUGAAGAUGAAGGCUUCUCAACCCAGCAACCAGCAGGUGAAUACUGAGGCAUUGCCAAACCAUAAUAAUGUGGGUAAUUGUAAUUCUGAAAAACAUACGAGUAAUGAUGUGCUUGUAUCUGAAACACAGCACAGUGAUGAGGUGGUUACAUCUGAAACCGUGCAAGGCAAUGAAGGGAUCAUUUCUGAGACUCAGCAAAGCUAUGAGGUGGUCAUGUCUGAGACACAGCCUGACAAUGAAGCCAACAUGCUCAAAACUCAGACAUGCAAUGAUCAGGUCAUCUCAGAAGCUCCGCCUGAAAAUGAGUUGGCUAAUCAUACAAGGAAUCAUAACAAUCUGCUCUCCCAUUCUGAAACUGGUCCUGAAAAUCAAUUCACUAAUCUCUAUAUGAUUCCUGAAGAUCAGCUGCCUCAACCUGAAUCACUGCCUCAUUCAGAACCACUACCUUAUUCUGAACCACUGACAGAUACUCAUCUAUCAGACAUCAAAGUAAUGUAUCAUAAUCAUCUGAGUCAUUAUGAAACACUGCCCAACGAUCAUCCAAACCAUUCAGAGGCUGUAUCCCUCAAUCAGCUAUCGAACUCUGAAGCAUUGUCCCAUAAUCAGCUGGCCAAUUCCCAAAUGCUGUCUCAUUAUGAGCUGGAAAAUACUGAAACAAUGCACCACAAUCAGAUAGUCAAUUCUCAAGCAAACUAUGAAAUGACCUUUUCUGAUGCCAUACCCAGCUACGAGAUAAUAAAUGCUGAGACACCCCUGAACAAUGAGGAUUGUAUCCCAGAAGCGCAACCUAUCAAGCGAAGGAAAAAGAAGUCUAUAGUCUGGGAACACUUCACAAUUGAAGCAGUUAGUCCUGAAUGUAGAAGGGCACGCUGCAAGCAAUGCGCUCAAACUUUUGCCUAUAGUACAGGUUCAAAAGUUGCUGGCACCAGCCAUCUCAAACGCCAUGUAGCCAAGGGGACCUGCUCAGCUCUUUUGCGCAACCAUAACCGUAAUCAGUUGACCCCAUAUGCUGCACGAACUAGGAGAAGUGGGACUGGAGAUGCUAGCAGUACACGGAAAAGACAAUAUAGAUCCCCUAGUAUGCCGUAUGUCAUUUUUGAUCAAGAUCAAUGCCGCAAUGAGAUUGCUAGGAUGAUCAUUAUGCAUGAUUACCCCCUUCACAUGGUUGAGCAUUCGGGAUUUGUUGCAUUUGUCCAAAAUCUGCAGCCCCAGUUCAAAAUGGAGACCUUUAACUCUAUCCAGGGAGAUUGUGUUGCAACUUAUCUGAUGGAAAAGCAACAUCUUUUGAAGUGUAUUGAUGGAUUACCUGGACGUGUUUGUUUGACACUGGACAUCUGGACAUCAAGUCAAUCUUUAGGUUAUGUAUUUAUCACAGGACAUUUUGUUGAUCAUGAUUGGAAGUUGCAGAGGCGAAUUCUCAAUGUUGUAAUGGAACCAUUUCCUGAUUCAGAUUCUGCACUCACCCAUGCUAUAGCUGUUUGCCUUUCUGAUUGGGGGUUGGAGGGUAGGCUGUUUUCUAUCACUUGCAAUCAAGCACUGAGUAAUGUUGCCCUUGAACAUCUCAGACCAUUACUCUCUGUGAAGAAUCCACUUAUCCUCAAUGGUCAGUUGCUAGUUGGUAAUUGCAUUGCCUGUACUUUAAGCAGUGUUGCAAAGGAUUUAUUGGGUUCAGCACAAGACUUGAUCAAUAAAAUUCGUGAUAGUGUAAAAUACGUGAAGAUUUCAGAAUUACAUGAGGAAAAAUUCUUGGAGCUGAAGCGGCAUCUUCAGGUUCCUAGUGAAAGGAGCCUUUUUAUUGAUGACCAAAUUCAUUGGAAUAGGUCAUAUCAAAUGCUUGUGGCAGCUUCUGAGCUAAAGGAAGUUUUUUCUUGUUUGGACACUUCUGAUCCUGAUUACAAGGGAGCCCCCCCAUCUAUGCAGGAUUGGAAGCUGGUUGAGAUCCUCUGUAGCUACUUGAAGCCACUUUUUGAUGCAGCAAACAUUCUUACUACAACAACUCAUCCCACUACUAUUGCCUUCUUUCACGAAGUUUGGAAGUUGCAGUUAGAUGCAGCUCGUGCAGUUACGAGUGAAGAUCCCUUCAUUAGCAACCUUAAUAAAAUUAUGAGUGAAAAGAUUGAUAAGUAUUGGAGAGAGUGUAGUCUGGUUUUGGCUCUUGCAGUAGUUAUGGAUCCUCGUUUUAAGAUGAAACUUGUGGAGUUCAGUUUCACAAAAAUCUAUGGUGAGGAUGCUCAUUUCUAUAUCAGGACUGUGGAUGAUGGAAUUCAGGAGCUGUUUCAUGAGUAUGUAGCCCAUCCCCUACCACUAAGACCGGUGUAUUCUGAAAAUGGAAGUGCUGAAAGCCACAGUAAGAUGGAGGAAUCCCCAGGAGGUGCUGUGUUGUCUGAUAAUGGUCUUACAGAUUUUGAUGCCUAUAUCAUGGAAACCACUAGCCAACAGACGAAAUCUGAGCUAGAUCAGUAUCUUGAAGAAUCACUGUUACCACGUGUACCAGACUUUGAUGUAUUAGCUUGGUGGAAGCUAAACAAAAUCAAGUAUCCUACUCUUUCCAAGAUGGCCCGGGAUAUAUUAUCCAUUCCAGUUUCUACGGUUGCUCCUGAUUCUGUGUUUUAUUCAAAAAGCAAAGAAAUUGAUGAGUAUCGGAGUUCCUUGCGGCCAGAGACACUGGAGGCUCUUGUAUGUACCAAGGACUGGAUGCAGUAUGGAACAACCGCUGAAUCUAUUAAUGCACUUCAGCACUUGUGAAAAUGGUAUUCUAGAUUUUUUAGAUGCUUAUACCCUGGAUUAUAAAUAGUAAAUGAUGACAUUUUUAUUUGAAUUCACAAUUCUCCAUUUGGGUAUAUUAUGUGUUAAUUUGGAUAGUUGGAUGCAAAUAUGUAGUUUCUAGCGUAGCUUCAGUUUUAGACUAUAAUUCUAGUGACUGCCUCUUUGGUUGACA